CCCGCGCCCCCCCACGGAGGGCGAGACCCCGCCCCAUCCCCUACGGCCGGAGCCGCGCCAGGAGACGAAGCGGAAGUCCCGCGUGCCCACAGGCGACUCAAGCUGGAGACGCGCAGCGUCAUGGCCGCCGACAGUGACGAUGGCGCAGCUUCAGCUCCAGCAGCUUCCGACGGUGGUGUCAGCAAAAGCACAAAAUCUGGGGAAGAGCUAGUCCAGGUUCCUGUGGUGGAUGUGCAAAGCAACAACUUCAAGGAGAUGUGGCCAUCCCUCCUGCUGGCCAUAAAGACAGCUAACUUCGUGGCUGUGGACACGGAGCUGAGUGGGCUUGGGGACAGGAAGAGUUUGCUGAACCAGUGCAUCGAGGAGCGUUACAAGGCUGUGUGUCAUGCUGCCAGGACCCGUUCUGUCCUCUCCCUGGGCCUUGCUUGCUUCAAGCAGCAGCUUGACAAGGGCAAACAUUCCUACCUGGCUCAAGUGUUUAAUCUCACCCUGCUUUGCAUGGAGGAAUAUGUCAUAGAACCAAAGUCUGUGCAGUUCCUGGUACAGCAUGGCUUCAACUUCAACCAGCAGUAUGCCCAGGGCAUCCCCUACCAUAAGGGCAACGACAAGGGUGAUGAGAGCCAGAGCCUGUCAGUACGGACACUGUUCCUGGAGCUGAUCCGGGCCCGCCGGCCCCUAGUGCUACACAAUGGCCUUAUAGACUUGGUGUUCCUGUACCAGAACUUCUAUGCACACCUCCCAGAUAAUCUGGGAACCUUCACCGCUGACCUGUGUGAGAUGUUUCCAGCAGGCAUUUAUGACACCAAAUAUGCUGCUGAGUUUCAUGCUCGCUUCGUAGCCUCCUACUUAGAAUAUGCCUUCCGGAAAUGUGAACGGGAAAAUGGAAAGCAGCGGGCAGCUGGCAGCCCACACCUUACCCUGGAGUUCUGCAGCUAUCCUUCUAGCAUGAGGGCUCAUAUUGACUACCGCUGCUGUAUGCCCCCUGCAACCCACCGCCCUCAUUCCACCAGUGUCUGUGACAAUUUCUCGGCCUAUGGCUGGUGUCCCCUGGGACCACAGUGUCCACAGUCCCAUGAUAUUGACCUUAUCAUUGACACUGAUGAGGCUGUGCUGGAGGACAAGCGGCGACGGCGACGGCGUAGGGAAAAACGGAGGAGGGCUUUGUUGAACCUGCCUGGGACACAGACCUCUGGGGAAGCUAAGGAUGGUCCUCCCAAGAAGCAGGUCUGUGGGGAUAGCCUCAAGGUUGAGGAAAAAGAGCAAAGGGUGGCUGAUGAUGAAACUAAGAACCUGUCUUGCUCUGAGCAAGGUCACAAAAAUGAUACGGAGCUGGGGCUUAAGGCAGCAAGGCCUGAAAAAGCUGACAUGGCUACCUCAGAAGUGCCAGGGAGUCAAGCCAGUCCUAACCCAGCACCAGGGGAUGGAUUGCAUCGGGCUGGUUUUGAUGCCUUUAUGACAGGUUAUGUGAUGGCCUUUGUGGGAGUGAACCAGGAACCUCAGCCCUACAGCUCUGGACCCUGGCUCCCUGAAUGCCACAACAAGGUGUAUCUGAGUGGCAAAGCUGUACCCCUCACAGUGGCCAAGAGCCAGUUCUCCCGUUCCUCCAAAGCCCACAACCAGAAGAUGAAGCUGGCUUGGGGAGAAGCUGACCCAACUUCUACCUAGCACUUGGGGCCCAGGAAGAGCAACUGAGGGUAGAACAGAGGUAUCUGGGUCCCUCUAGCCUGUAAAUGUCAUACUCAACUACUACUGAGUUUGGGGGAGGGGGAGUGGUCCUGGCAAAGAUACUGCUGCAUUGACCUGGACAUUCUCCUUCACUCCAGAGGCUGAGGUACAAGGGCACAAGAAAGUUGACCAGCACCUGUAAUACCAACUUUAUUUAUUUUUAAAUCUGAAAGUGUCUUGGGAAAGUUUUACAAAAAAAAAAAAAAAUCAACAGAAACAAGUUAUGAAAAUAUU